AUGCAAGAGAAGUUCCUGGCCGAGAUUCCUUAUGAGGAUCUUGUUACGCGAUCUGCCGAACUGGCCGCGCAGUCGAUGGCUCUGUUCAUAAAAGCUGCUGCUACUCCUUCGAAGGAAGCCGACUCGAUGAAGAGGCAAAACGCUCAUUUUCAGGAGAACAUAAAAAAGCUGAAGCAAGAAGUGGCAAGGAUGGAGAAAGAGCUCGAGGAACUCGGCAAGGCCAAGGAGAAGGAGCUCGAAGAACUCGGCAAGGCGAAGGAACAGGCGGAGCUUGAGGUCAAGAAAUCGCAGGCGACGAUCGUGGAGAUGGCCUGCGAUUUGGAGACUGAGAAAGAGAAUGGGAAGAAGCAGUAUGAUCAAAGCGGCGAAGCCGCUGAGAUGGCUGAGGCUUUUCGUGCCAUGUCGCCUACUCAGACUCAAGGUGGGGGAGGGAACCUUCUUGGCGAGGUCGAGGGCGCACAAGCUGAAGAAGUCGAGAACGAGGUCAUCAGCAAAGUCAUGGAUGAGACUGCUCUGGAUGAGACUACUCCUGCUGCUCCAGAUGCUUAG